AUGAUGGCGGUUCGAUGGGCCUGGUGGCUCCUCGCCAUCGCGACACCCAUUUCUGCGUUGCGAACUGUUGCGGGUUCACCAUGUACAGAUGUGUGCGGCACAACUACAAACACAACUUCCGAUGAGAUGGCCUGCCUUGAUGCAGACUUUAAUAGCACAAUAGGCACGACAGUCGGUAAAAAUUUCAAGAGCUGCGUCUCAUGUCUUCUCUCCAGCCCUUAUCAAAACACCACCAUUGGAGAGACUGAUGUGAAUUGGGGCUUGUUCAACAUGCGAUAUGCAUUUUCUUCGUGUGUUUAUGACUACCCAGUGAGCAUUACGAACGUAUCCACGCCAUGUCUAGUCUCGUGUACCUCAUUGGGACCAGCACUCGAUAUGGCAUUGACCGAUCCUGUCGGCAAUCAACUUUCUACUUUCUGCUCUUCUACCUCCUUUGCCGACAAUGUCGUCACAACAUGCGAGAAUUGCUACGCCUUGACUUCACAACAAUCAUUCUUUGCAAACUUCUUGGAAGCUGUCCGUUACAACUGCCAUUUCCCGACUUCUGGCGGCACCGCUUUCCCCAUCUCAGCCACUCGCAUCUUCAACACUACACAAUUACCAACCACAACCGUAUCCUACACCUCCAAAGCCACAUCGACAGGGUCGUCGACUAUUCAAAACUACCUGACCGUCAUCAUUGUGAUGCCCAUCAUUGGCUUCCUCAUCAUCGUGUCUUUACUAGCUCUCUGCUGCUUCUGCCUCGUCCGACACCGCCGCAAAGUCGCAAAGAGACGUCGCAAUCAAAUGCAAACCCGCUGGAUGCAACCCGCCUGGGGCGGAUUCCCAGUCUCUCCCUACCAGCAAGCAAGCCCCAUGAUAGCACAGCAACCAUACAUGAUGGCCGGCGGCAUAGGUCCAUACGGCGCAUCGGUCCCCGGCAGGGGGUUCUCGGUCGUUGAUCAUGACGGCAAACGAUACGAGGCAGGUUACUCGACCCACUACAUCUCACCAGUUAGCCCGGAGGAUACAGUUGCUCAACAACCGUUUCAGUUUGGGAUGGAUGUCACGCAUGCACAGGAUUUUAAACAGCCAAUUACGCAGCAGACGGAGUACCCACCGCCACCACAGCAACAACAAGAAUAUUAUCCGCCGCCUGGAGCUCCUCAUGCUCAAUAG